AUGAAGGAUGGAGACGUGUCUUUGAUUCUGAAGGAUGUGACGAUUAAAGACGCUGGAACAUACGAGUGUGGUGUCGCAAUUGAAGAAGCACGCUCAUGGGAUCACAGCAUCAUCCACCUUCGUGUUGUUCCUCCAGGCAGUAAGGCAGGAAACAGGAGGACAGCUAAUAUCAGAAGCAUCGGUUACUCCGACCUGUUCUGUCUUUCCAAAGACGACCUGAUGGAAGCCCUGACAGAAUAUCCUGAUGCUAAAGCUCUGCUUGAGGAGAAAGGAAGGCAGAUUCUAAUGAAGGAUGGGCUGCUGGACCUCGAGGUGGCAGCGCAGGGCCCAGACCCCAAAGAGAUCGAGGAGAAGGUGGACCGGAUGACGAGCACCCUGGACUCCCUGCAGACCCGUUACGCCCGGCUGCUGGCCGAGCACGAAGCCACUCACAGCAAGCUCAAACACAGAGUCACCCGGCUGGAGAAGAAGUUGGUGCCCCCACAAGCUGAUCCGUCAGGUGAAGCUCCACCCCCAACACCUGAGAUAGAGGCCACCAAAUAAGAGGAGAAGUAAGGAGAAGACAACAAAGAAGAGGACUGGAGUGUUCGAUUUUAGAGCUUGAGUCAGCUCGAUGGGUGGAGAUCAAGAUGUUUGAACCUCAGGUGGAAAUUUGGAGGAGUUUCUGUUAAAGUUUUGAAGACAAAUUGGAAAAAAGAGGACAAAAUCUGUUUCUUGCAUUCAGAUUUAUGUCACAUCACUUCACAUGACAUCUUCUAGAGAUAAACUUGUCUUCGUAAAGUAUCAACCACCUGCUGGAUUUGUGAUGUCAGCACUUACAACUGGAAGUAGACUGAGGAGGGGAGCUGACUCCAGAUUACACUCAGAGAGCACAAGAAGGACAACUAGGCCUCAAAAGAAACUAAUGUGACACCAUGUAGUACUGUUUCCAUUUUUAAGUUGUAAAACAUUGUAACUGUAAUGUAUAUAAAUAAUGAGCAGUAACUUUUCUGGAUGUUACAGAGGUUGUUCAUAGUUCAAGCUUUUGCUUUGCAGCAGUGACUCCUAAAGUGCGACGUGGGGCCUCCCAGUGACCCUUGAAAGAACUGCAAUGUUCAAUUUUGUAAUUACAAAAACAUUUUUUAAGAGAUGAUUUAAAAACAAACAUGGGAUUUAAAUUGCACCUAAUAUUUGGUCAUUUACAGUUCAACUAAAGCAGUGGCUAUCACAUGAGAAAGGGAUUUAAAGCUUUAAGGUGAAUUUGGGGUGGGGUACACAUGAUUUGAAGAUCAGCCCAGUUUGUCCCAGGGAAAAACCCAACAUUAUUAAAUGUGUACAUAACAGAAAUGGUAAUACAUAUUGGUUUGUGAAGCCUCAGACUUUGCUGUUUUCUACCCUUUCUGACUGUAAUAAGUACUAUCAUUUACUAAAUAAAUAUUUUUUAUUCAUUAAGACUUCAAAGUAUCAGCUCCCCCCAUAAACACACUGGGAGCAUGUUUACUCAGGUCAGAGUGGGAAGUAGGCGCCACACAAUCAGACUAUAGGAGUUGCCCCCUGCUGGCUAUUAGAAAGAAUGCAGGUUUAUCACUUAAGCGUUGCAUCAUUUUUCAUACUGGGCAGCUGCAUCCAUCUUUACAUAUACAGUCUGGUUAGCUGCUGCACACCUGAAUAACCUUUUUUAUGCUGCGACUUGUGCUUUUUAAACUAUGCAAAAAAUAUGAAUGAUAAUUAUGUUGAAUCUGGAAGCAAAAUGCUGAAAUAAAGAUAUUUUAUAAGAAAA